UGUCGACACUACUGUCGACUGAUAUACACUGAAUACCAGUUGUCAGAAGCGAACAAAACCGAAACACAUUUGAGACACGCGUUGAAUGUCACCGAAAAGACAUUGAGUGCGGAUAAUGGCUGGAAGUCAGAGACCAUUGAACGACUAAACCAGUUGUCUAUGUAUUGCACCGACAGAGACAAACACAUAUAUGAACUCAAUUUGCAAAUGGAUUCAUUAAAACAAGAAAUCUCUGACAGAGACAAUGAGCUAUGUUACUAUUGCGUCGAAAACAUGAGUUAA